AACGGCCGCCUUGCAGCCACUCUACUGCCCAACAUUUCUGCCCUUUCUUCAACGCAUUAUUGUUGUUUUUUAUUCUUUUAACUUUUUAUCCAUUUCUCUUCUUCCCAACAGCCUUCCAUCUUGAUAUAUUUUUACAACCUAAUAUUUUUUGAUUUUUUUGAGUAAAAUGCAGCUAAAGUGGUCCGUACCAGUCGUACUGGGCCUCUUUGCGCGCGCGGUGCUGGGAACACAGCUUUGGCACCAAGUGAACCGCUACGACGCCGAUGGAAACGAGUGCAGGCUGCGCGGGAUAUCCGGCAUGGCAUGCAGCCAGCUGUGCGUGCAGAGCCUUGGCAGCUGUCCGCAGCCACUUCGGCCAGAGUGUCCGCUGAGCCAGAAGUUCUGUGCUGACGGUAAUUGUCAUGACGAAUGUACGGCCGAAAUCCAAGCAAACAACCCCUGUCAUUGCUUGCGCUCGGGCAAGGAUCUCCCUGGGCAGGCUACUGGCUUGAUUCCGUGUUUGGGAUCUCCCAAGGUGACAAUUCAAGAGUUCCAUCCUUGGAACUCCAAAGUCGACAUUCGCGAGGCGUGCGGCAACGCUGUGGGAAUAUCCAAUCAGAGCUCGUCGGUUGCUGUUUGGGGCAGCGGGUGGGUUGGCGGUGUUGUUGAGGCAGUGUGGGCGGAGUGUCCCCCGGCACCCGCACCAAGCUACAAGUUCAAUGAGAGCUACUGGCUGGCCACAUUUGCAGUCAACGGUGCGCUGGCACUGAUGAUCGCCGUGUGGGCAAUGUACAAAGUGUGGGCCGAACGGCUGGUGCGCUCAACGAAAUACAAGCUGAGUUCUAGCAUCAUGAACGGCGAGAAGAAGCUGGCGCCAUUUCUCAAAAAACCUGCGACAAUUGCCGAGAAUGUCAGCAUCGUGGCAGGACAGAUGUCGUCGUUUGCGAGCACGGCCGACAGCGAGAUCCAGCUGUAUGGGUAUUGUAGUAGCAUCUACGGCACAGCGUGUCUGUGGGGAAUUGCCGCAGUCACUGUGCUGUGGAUCUGCUUCCUCGGAGUGUGGACCGCCGACUACUAUGGCGCACUACCUGGCGCACGCAGGGGCGUGGCCUACAGCCUGGCCCUGGAGAGCAGCUUUCUUGAACUGCAGUCGUUUUUGGUCCUCUGGGGAAUUUGCUUCAUGAUCCUCAUUGCGCUAUACGUGCUGAAGCCGCAAUUGCGAAACUACUUCCGAGUGCAGACCCUGCCUGUGCAAGGCCAGUUUGUGUGCACCGAGCGCGCGGUAAGUGAGAUCAAGAUGCUCUCAGACCAUGCGUCGUGGGUGCAGCGGAAAAUAAACCGCGCAACAAAGGCUCUGGUAGUGGCCCUGAGCCGCGACCGCGAGUACACAACUUGCCGCGUGCAGAGCACCACGCAGGGCCGGCAGUUUUUUACGUACCAGUGCACGCGCUACGUCUAUGAUUUAGAGCUUCAGCAGUUUGUGCCUUUCGAGUUUGACCUGGGCACCAGCCAUUGCGAGCUGCUCGCGCAAAUCAAUGGAUUAAGUGUCGAUGAGGCAGCGUUCCGUCUGGAGCUAGUCGGGCCAAACUUUAUUGAGGUGUGCGUGCCAGGACUUUUCGCGUCAUUUGCGCGCGAAUUCGUAUCGUUCUUCUACAUCUACCAGUUUAUUUUCCUGUGGGCGUUUUACUUUUAUGCCUACUACCAAGUCGGGCUGGUCAAUACGGGCGUCAUCCUGCUGUCGGCGGGCAUCAAGGUGGGCCUGCGCAUGCAGUCUGAGCGCCGGCUCAAGCGUAUGGCCGAGCAGGCGGAGGACGUCGCCGUGCUGCGUAACGGCAGCUGGGUACGUAUGUCGACAACCGAUCUGGUGCCUGGUGAUGUCAUCAAGAUGGCUGCCGGCGCGCACAUGUCUUGCGACUGCAUUCUUUUGUCUGGAUCUGCCGUCAUGGACGAGUCGUCGCUGACGGGAGAGCCCCUACCCGUGCGCAAGUUUGCUCUGCAGGCGGGUGAUGGCCACUACGACUCGGUCAGUGGCAAGGCGUCAACAGUAUUUGCUGGGACCACCACCGCGCAAGUGCAAGGCGAGCGCGUUCUGGCAUUGGUCUGGCGCACAGGCACGGCAUCCGACAAGGGCCAACUUGUGCGACAGAUUCUAUUCCCGAGCCCAAUGUCAUUUAUCUUCAACGAGCAGAUGCGCAUUGUCGUUGCCAUCCUGAUUGUCUAUGCCAUCUUUGUCAUGGCCAUGGCCACGUAUUUGUACCAGGGCAACAGCGUAGCCAUUGCCUUUUUUGGAGUUUUUGCUAUUGCCCAGCUGCUUUCCCCACUUCUGCCCGCCGCCAUGGUUAUUGGCCAGUCGGUGGCUGCCGCGCGCCUGCGUCGGAAGCACAUUUAUUGCAUCGACCCUCAGCGCAUCAUGGUUGCAGGCAAGGUCCAGAUCAUUGCAUUCGACAAGACCGGCACAAUGACACGCGAGUUCCUCAACUUUUACGGCGUCCGCACUGCGCGGGCUGCCACGUUUGACAGCUUCAAUGGCGACUUGCCCUCGGUAGACGUGCUAUUCCAGAUGGGUGUUGCGAGCUGUCAUGCAGUAACCGACCUCAAUGGUCAGCUCAUUGGCAAUCCGGUCGACAUCGAGCAGUUUAAGGCGUCGGGAUGGUCAUUGGACCAACAGCCCAAGUAUUUGGACAAGAUUGUGCCGCCCGCCAACUCGCUGCUGAGCACCCUGCACGUUGUGCGCCGAUUCGAGUUUGUGCAUACGCGCGCCUCCAUGUCUGUCGUUGCGCAAGAUGAGGGCACCGGCCAGAUCCAUAUUUUCGUCAAGGGCUCGUUCGAGCGCAUUAAGCAGAUCAGCAGCGUCGCAACUGUUCCUGCGGACUACGAUCUUGCGUGCAGCCAGCUGGCGCGUGAAGGGUGUUAUGUCUUGUCUAUUGCGCACAGAAUAUUUGGCGGCACUAUGGACGAGCUCCGCAAUAUGUCGCAGGAGGACAUUGAGUCGGGAUGUGACUUUAUUGGCCUGCUGGUGUUCAAAAACAUGCUCAAGCCAGACAGCGAGCAGGCAAUCAGCGAUCUGAAGGGUGGAUCGACACGCACAAUCAUGAUCACAGGCGACACGGCUCUGACAGGCAUCUACAUUGCGCGACAGUCCGGGAUGAUCCCGCCUAACAGCCGUGUGAUUCUGGGUGAGAGCGCGUCGCCGGCAGGACCCGUGCACUGGACCGAUGUGGAUACGCAGCAGCCAAUAGACGACUUGCCUGCGGCAUUGUGCGCCAUUGGCAGCGAUGGUUUUCCAAGCGCGGAAUUGGCCGUUGGCGGUUCCGCCUUUCAGCACUUGUCUGCAACCAGAAACAUUGACGCGCUGCUGCUGAACAUCCGCGUGUUUGCGCGCAUGCGGCCUGUGGACAAGGUUGAUUGCGUGCAACUGCACAUGCGCCGGGCCAUUACGGCCAUGUGCGGCGACGGCGGCAACGACUGCGGUGCUUUGAGGGCUGCGCACGUCGGCCUGGCUCUGUCCGACGCCGAGGCCUCGAUUGUCUCCCCCUUUUCGACCAGCCAGCGGUCCAUCAUGUCCUGUGUUGAGCUCUUGCGCGAGAGCCGUGCUGGACUGGCGACUUCGUUUGCCAACUUUGCCGCCCUCAUCUGCUAUGGCCAGGUCAUGUCGGGCAUGAUCAAGAUGGCGAGCUUUUACUUCUCGAUCAGUCUGACAGAGAACCUGUGGAUGCUGAUUGAUGGUGCCAUUUCUACGGCCCUGGCCCUGACCGUCUCCAUGUCAGGCCCGGCAAAACGGCUGGCUGCCUACCGCCCGACCGCGCGCAUCCUUGGUCCGCAGAUGCUGGCGGCUGUUGGUGGUACCGUGUUGAUUAACUGGAUUUUCUCCGCCUUGUCCUACGUGUGGCUGUUUUCUCAGCCUUGGUUCCGGUGCAACGAGCAUGCAACGGCCGAGAUUGAUCUGACUAAGUGGUGGUUGCUGGGUGACAACUAUGAGUCGUCCAUCCUGUCCUUUGUGUCCACGUUCCAGUUUAUCAACAACGGGUUCAUCGUCAAUUACGGGUAUUUGCAUCGUGCCGCUUGGUACAGGAACUACGCACUGCUAACUGUCUGGGGUUUCCUCAUGGCGUUUGUGUCGUACAUGCUUCUGGCCGACCCCAACCGCGUGGGCUGCGCGUUCCGGCUGAACUGCGGCACAUCCAGCGUUCUCGAGUCCAUCGGAUAUACAACGCCGACGUGGCAGAUUGAAGACUAUAACAAUGCGUUGGGCCAUAAUGUCAUUCCUCUCGCUAGUCGGUACAAGCUUUGGGUGUAUUGCUUGGGCAACAUGGCGGUAACUAGCCUUUGGCAGCUGGCUGUGGUCAAUGGGCCUGUGCGCAAGUGGCUGCGUCGCAACCGGCCCCUGCGCCGGCUCAAGGUCAAGCUUUAGAUGAUAAUUCUCAAUUUUAACUUUAAUCUCUUACGUCUCGUAUUAACUCGAUUAUGCCCGAACGGACUGCGUAUU